AUGGCAUUGUCCCUUGCGCGCAUGGUGCGCCUUGCCCUGGUUGGCCUGAUGGCAUUCAUGCCAAUUGCUUCAGCCCUGCCUGCGCCGCAAGCCCCUCGCAGUACAGUUCAGCCUCCCGACACUGAUCCGUUCUAUCAGCCGCCUGCCGGCUUCGCAUCCACGGCGCCUGGGACAAUCCUAAACCAACGCAGCAUCAAUGCCGCGUUCUUUGGACUUGUCCCGGUUGAUGUGGACGCCUACCAGCUGCUUUACCGCACGACUGCAGUCAAUGGCUCGGCCAUUGCAACAGUUACCACGGUGUUUAAGCCAAAGAACGCUAAGCUCGAUCGUUUCGUUUCCUUCGCCACGGCCUACGAUAGCUCUGCGACGAAAUGCCAGCCUAGCUACGGCUACCAGCUCGGUGCACCACAGGACAGUUUGAUAGCUUCAGUCGAGCAAUUGAUAAUUGAGAUCUACCUUGCUCUUGGUUACACUGUCGCUUCUCCUGACUAUGAGGGACCCGAUGCUGCCUUUGGACCCGGUCGUCUCGCAGGCAUGGGUGUAUUGGAUGGUAUCCGUGCCGUGAAAAGCUUCAAGACCUUGAGUCUCACCGAUAACCCCAUGGUUGUUGGUAUCGGCUAUUCAGGUGGUGCCAUUGCUACCGGCUGGGCAGCAUCUUUGCAGCCUAAGUACGCAUCAGAGCUGAAUAUCAAGGGCUGGGUGCAGGGUGGAACUCCCUCGAACCUCACCGGCACGAUGUAUCAGAUUGAUGACACAGCCUUUAGUGGCUUCCUCCCCACAGCUAUUGCUGGUCUCUCAAAGCCAAGCGCCUACGGUGCCGAGCUGGCCCCUCUCAUCAGCAAGAUCAUAACGGCAGAUGGUCAAAAGAUACUGGACACCGCUACCUCCGAAUGCAGCACUACGGAUCUCUUAGCAUUCUUCGAACGGUCUAUCUUUGACACUAGCUUCCAAACUAUGGGUGAGGCUUUCAUCUUCGAACCGAUCGUUCAGUCGGUGUUCAAGCAAAACACCAUGGCUGUCAACAAGGACGAAACUCCCACGGCGCCAACCUUUGUGUACCAUGCCAAAUAUGAUGAAGUCAUCCCUUACGCCGAUGCCAAAACCAUGGUUAAUUCUUGGUGCAACUGGGAUGCGAACACCAAAUUUACUACUUACGCCAGUGGUGGUCACGCGACUACUGAAAUCAUCGCCAUUCCCGAUGCCAUCAAGUUUGUCCAGAAUGCCUUUGCUGGCACGACUAAGAGUGGCUGCACUACGAAUACUGAGCUUGGCAGCAUUCUCAACCCUCUUGCUCUUGGUGUGCAGCUUGAGCCUAUUCUAGUGAAGCUCAUUGACGGGCUGUCCCAUCUAGGUGAUCAGGACUCAAAUCUCAAGAGCGACCCUGUUGGAGUGCUCAAGGUCAGUCUUUAA